AUGGGGCUGCUGCCCGAGCCCGGCUCGCCCCAGGGCAGCGACGCCCCUUCGGGCCGAGCCGGCCGCUGUCCCCGUUCCAUCUUCCGCAACAUUAAGAUGUUCGUGCUCUGCCAUGGCCUCCUGCAGCUCUCCCAGCUCCUGUACAGUGCCUACUUCAAGAGCAGCCUCACCACCAUCGAGAAGCGCUUCGGGCUCUCCAGCUCUUCCUCGGGUCUCAUCUCCAGUUUGAACGAGAUCAGCAACGCCACCCUCAUCAUCUUCGUCAGCUACUUUGGCAGCCGGGUGCACCGGCCGAGGCUGAUCGGCGUUGGCGGUCUCCUGCUGGCUGCAGGUGCCUUCGUGCUCACACUGCCGCACUUCCUCUCGGAGCCCUACCAGUACACCUCGGCCAGCAUCGCGAACAGCAGCCGCUUCCAGGCCGAGCUCUGCAGGAAGCACUGGCAGGACCUGCCCCCCAGUAAAUGCCACAGCACCGCCCAGGAUCCCCGGAGGGAGACCAGCAGCAUGUGGGCCCUCAUGGUGGUGGCCCAACUGCUAGCCGGCAUUGGGACCGUGCCCAUCCAGCCAUUUGGGAUCUCCUAUGUGGACGACUUCGCAGAGCCCAACAACUCUCCCCUGUACAUCUCCAUCCUGUUUGCCAUUGCCGUGUUUGGCCCGGCCUUCGGGUACCUGCUGGGCUCUGUCAUGCUGCAGAUCUUUGUGGACUACGGCCGUGUGGACACUGCUGCUGUGAACCUGAGCCCAGGGGACCCCCGCUGGAUUGGAGCCUGGUGGCUGGGCCUGCUCAUUUCUUCAGCCCUCUUGGUCAUCACCUCUUUGCCCUUCUUUUUCUUCCCUCGGGCAAUGUCCAGAGCUGCAGAGGGAUCACCUGCCACAGCAGAGGAGGCGAGGAAGAUGGAGGAGGUCAAGUCCAGAGGCACCCUGGUGGAUUUCAUUAAACGCUUUCCACGCAUCUUCCUGAGGUUGCUGAUGAACCCGCUCUUCUUGCUUGUGGUGCUGGUCCAGUGCACCUUCUCCUCCGUCAUUGCCGGCCUCUCUACUUUCCUCAACAAGUUCCUGGAGAAGCAGUACGGAGCCUCGGCCGCCUAUGCCAACUUCCUCAUUGGUGCCGUGAAUCUGCCUGCAGCGGCCCUGGGGAUGCUACUGGGAGGCAUCCUCAUGAAGCGGUUUGUGUUCCCGCUGCAAACCAUCCCCCGUGUGGCCGCCACCAUCAUCACCAUCUCCAUGAUCCUCUGCGUACCUCUCUUCUUCAUGGGAUGUUCCACACCGACUGUGGCUGAGGUCUACCCCCCAAGCACAUCAAGUUCUAUGAGUCCGCAGCCCCUCGCCUGUCGCAGGGACUGUGCGUGUCCUGAUUCCAUCUUCCACCCAGUCUGUGGAGACAACGGCAUUGAGUACCUUUCCCCUUGCCAUGCUGGUUGCAGCGAUAUGAACAUCAGCUCUGCAGCCUCCAAGCAACCGAUCUACUUGAACUGCAGCUGUGUGACUGGAGGCUCGGCUUCGGCGAAAGCAGGGUCCUGCCUCAUCCCCUGCGCCCACUUCCUGCUCCCCACCAUCUUCCUCAUCUCCUUCGCUGCCCUGAUCGCCUGCAUGUCCCACAAUCCCCUCUAUAUGAUGGUCUUGCGCGUGGUGAACCAGGAGGAAAAGUCAUUUGCCAUCGGUGUCCAGUUCCUGCUGAUGCGCUUACUGGCCUGGCUGCCCGCUCCAGCCCUCUACGGCCUCACCAUCGACUACUCCUGCGUCCGGUGGAGCUUUCAGUGCUCCGGGCGGCGAGGGGCCUGCAUCUACUAUGACAACGAUGCCCUGCGGGACAGGUACCUGGGUCUGCAGAUGGGCUACAAGGUGCUGGGCACGCUGGGACUCUUCCUGGUCAGCUGGAGGGUAAAGAAGAACAGAGAGUACAAUGUGCAAGAGAAGGCAGCCGGCCUCAUCUGA